AUGUCUACUGAUUUCCGUUAUUUCCUACCUCCCAACAUCGACAAUGUAGUUUCUGAUUCAUCAAUAUUGCAAAUUACAAUCGAGCCAAAGUUAACUUUGAGUUGAGAAUAGAUUGGAGGAGUUCAUGAAGGCUUCUGGGAGGUAUGGCGCAGAUUUUCUCAGUGGCCUUUCCGAGGUCCAAUAUUGAUUUUCUGCAGGCAAGUAAUCCAAUUGUAUGGAGAGCCUUUUAUCCGGCUUUACAAUUAGCCACUAGACUACUUGAAAUUGCUCUUAAAUUCCCGUGGUAUGCUUCUGAUAAUGAUGACCAUUCAACUUCUAACAUGUCUGACUCUUCAUGUAGGCGGAAUCCACGUGUUUUUCGUGAAGAUGGCAGAAAUACGAUUGCAUCGGAAGAAUUGACGGUCAAGCUCCGAAAGACGGAUCUUUUCAAUCCUCGGUAUCAAGAAGCUCGUCACGUUAUGGACCAAACCUUGAGAUAUCUCGCAACGAAGACGGUAUUCUGUCUUUGGAGUGGACAUACCAAAGUACAUAGCGGCAUGCCUUCCACAAAGGUGACUUUUUCUAACACACAUACGAUUCGUGACUCGAAUGGAGAAGAGCAGUAUCUGGUUACACUCGCUUACGAGACGCUUGAAUUACUGUUGAUGAAAAACCAAACCUGUGAGGAGUUGGCUGUGAACAAAUUCAUAGUAGCUUCUUGCUUGGUACAUGAGACAAUGGUACUACUAGUAGCUUCUGUGUAAAACUCUUGUAGCAAGCAGCUGAUGUGCGUUUUAGGAUUUGGUCUGGAAAAUGUUAUCUAGAAAAGGAUUUGAACUUAAUCUCGUAGAUGAAUUUGUUUUCAAGCCGUUAGUGAGCGAAUAAGUCCCACGUACCCAAGGAUAUAGAAAACCGAUAUCUGCGUUAGAGAAACGACCUACCUUUUUGAGCUACGACAAGCCACAGCAUCGCUGGAGCGAUUUGUCGACUUGCAAUCUGUGGAAUAUUGGGAUGUCUAUACACGGGUGUAGGGCUGUUUAUUUCAUGCAAAAAAAAGCAGCGAAACUGAUUCUAUUGCAGGUAUGGCAUCCCAUCAGCGCUCGUGGACUUUGAAUCGCACAGAAUAGACUGGUAUGGGUGAAGAUUUGCCUCCUAAUCGAAAUUGGCUAAUAUCAAAACAGGCUUAAAAAAGAUCUGGUAGGGCAACAGAGCAAGGUACCUCAAAAAUUUGGCAUCCUUAACAUUUACGAUGAAAUCCGGGCCAACCCUUCAUUGAGAGAUGAUUUGAAAGCACCAAGAUCUCACAAUGAGCGCCGGAAAGCACCAAAUAUUAUCAAAUCGAAAUCGCAUAGCAAAAGAGAUACUCUACAGCUGGCAUCUGCAGAGGAGCUCGUUCUCGAACUACCCCUAAAGCUCGCUCGAGAAAACGUACCGACAUGUCCGAUCUUCAACGAAAUCGUCGCCUACCUAUUCUCAAAAAGAAGUGCCCUAGCCAUAAACAGCAUGAACUUUUGGAUACCGGCCAAUACGCUUUUCUGUUAUAUCUUAAGAGAGGGCGGACUUCCUGGUUUCGACUAUGAGACAUGGAAAUCGUUUCUUCAAGUUUGUAAAUAUAACAAUUUUAUCUUCCGGUGA